CUCCGUGGAAACCUGCUGAUAGCAGCUAGACUUUGCCCUGAGGCACACCAACAAUACAGGAAGAGCAGAAGAGAAACUCAAUUGCCGAUUGUACAAACCCAGCAGAAUGGAUCAGGCUAACGGAAGCAGAAGUGAUAGAUAUGGACCUCAGCCUCCACCUUACAACCCUUAUGAUGAUGGGCAGAUUGCAUACACCGGAAAGACCUAUGAGGUGGGCAAGGGUGGCAUCACCGUGGUGACCCCUCCUGGCUCCUAUGACAACAUGGUCCACCUAGAAGGACAAGCAGCAGCAGUUGGUCCAGCUCCACCCAACUAUUCUCCCGGCAUGGAGGACAGUGUUUUUGCAGACGUUGACAUCCGAAGAGGUUUCAUAAGGAAAGUAUACCUGACCUUGAUGAUUCAGCUGCUGGUGACUGUCGGGAUCAUCUGCGCAUUUCUUUACUGGGAUGUUCUGAAGGAAUGGACCAGGACCAACAGCUGGUUCACCUACGCCAUGAUGCCAACAGUGAUGGUCCUCCUCCUGCUGUUGUCGUGCUGUGACAACAUCCGCCGCCGCGUCCCCCUCAAUUUCAUCACCCUGGGAGUGUUUACUAUAGCAGAGGGUCUAAUGCUGGGGUCCUUAGCAGUGUUCUACUCAGCCGAAGCCGUUCUGUGGGCCGUAGGGGCGACUGCGCUGGUGUCCUUUUCCCUGAGUGUGUUUGCAAUGCAGUCAAAGUGGGACUUCACCAUGGCGAGUGGGAGCCUGUGGGUGUUUGCAUGGACUCUGCUUUCGUUUGCACUGCUCUGUGCCAUCCUCCGAUCGCAGUUUGCGUACAUUGCUUACGCCUGCCUGGGCACCUUGUUGUUUUCCCUGUACCUGGUGUUUGAUACCCAGCGCAUCGUGGGCGGCAAGCACAGGAAAUACGAGGUCUCUCCCGAGGAGUACGUUUACGCCGCCCUCAGCCUCUACUUGGACAUUGUUACCUUGUUCCUGCUCUUGCUACAACUCAUCAACCUCUGUCGCUGACCCUCAGCCUCCACGACGGGCUGAAACGCCGUGUCUUGCAAGAAGCAUUCUCUGAAUUGUAACGCAGCGUGCAACAUAAUGGGGUGCCGGAUGUAAAAGUUCAGUCACACUUUUCGUGCAUAUAUACAGUCGCGAUCAAAAGUGUACAUACACUUGUAAAGAACAUAAUGUCAUGGCUGUCUUGAGUUUCCAGUCAUUUCUACAACUGUUAUUUUUUUGUGAUAGAGUGAUUAGAGCACAUACUUUCACGUUCAUGAAGUUUGGUUCAUUAAUGAAUUUAUUAUGGGUCUACAAAAUCUGCUGGGUCAAAAGUCUACAUACAGCAAUGUUAAAGACCUACUGAAACCCACUACUACCGACCACGCAGUCUGAUAGUUUAUAUAUCAAUGAUGAAAUAUUAACAUUGCAACACAUGCCAAUACGGCCUUUUUAGUUUACUAAAUUGCAAUUUUAAAUUUCCCGGGAGUUUCGUCCUGGAAACUUCGUUUAAUGAUGACGUGUACGCAAGACGUCACAGUAUUUUGGAGAUCUGUGUUGCUGAAUCCUUUGCAAUUUGUUCAAUUAAUAUUGGAAAAGUCACAGUAGAAAGAUGGAGUUGGGAAGCUUUAGCCUUUAGCCACACAAACACACGGUGAUUCCCCGUUUAAAAUUCCUGGAGGUGAAACUUUACUAUGGAUCAGAAUGCGGUCAAGCUAACAUGAAUCAAGACGGAAUGUCAACCAGCAGGUUUAGGUGAGAAAAUUGUGGUUAAAAAGUCAGUUCUUACCGGAGAAAAGUUGAGCUUGGGCCGUCCAUAGCUGCCGUCGACUCCCCUGAGACACUGCACGUCAAGACACCCGUGGACACACCCUUCCGACUAUCAGGUACUAUUUAACUCACUAAAACACUAGCAACACAAUAGAAAGAUAAGGGAUUUCCCAGAAUUAUCCUAUUAAAUGUGUCUAAAAACAUCAGAAUCCGUCCCAAUUGCGUUUUUUUUUCUAGUUCGUCGCUAUCAAUAUCUUCAAACACGAAUCUUUCAUCCUUGCUCAAAUUAAUGGGGAAAUUGUCGUUUUUCUCGGUCCAAAUAGCACUUUUUGUUGGAGGCUCCCAUUAUAAACAAUGUGAGUAUGUGAGGAGCCCCCACACUUGCAACGUCAUCGUCUGCGAAUUCCGGUAGAGGCAAGGCUUUCGUCUUAGCACUGACAGUUGCAAACUUUAUCGUGGAUGUUCUCUACUAAAUCCUUUCAGCAAAAAUAUGGCAAUAUCGCAAAACAAUCAAGUAUGACACAUAGAAUGGACCUGCUAUCCCCGUUUAAAUCAGAAAAUCUCAUUUCAGUAGGCCUAUAAUAUUUGGUUGCAUGUC